AUGAAUCAAGCGGGACAGGAUUCAACUCGGUUGCGUUUUCAAAUGUUACUGACUUUGCUAGUUCACUUCUUUCAAGAAACUCACUCCUCUUAUUUCGUCUACGAAUCACUUGAUGCACCUAAAGUUACUUGGAAUGCAGCAGUUAUUGCAAUUGACUCUGCCCUGGCAAGAAUUUCCAGUAUAGAACAGCUUUGUGACGUGCAACCCGAAUUAAGACUCGAUUCUGCUUACUGGACUGCUCUAAAACUCAAUAGCAAUGGUUCGUUUCAAUGGGGGCGUGUACCUUAUAUCUCAGCUCAGGUACCCUUAGAACUCCUGGAUAACACAACAUCAUUGGACCGUUGUUAUGCCAUAAGUAACUCUGCGAUGAAGCUGAAGUCGAUGAAUUGCAGCGUUAGACUUCCUGUUGUAGCCUCCUAUAUCGGUGAGGUCUACCAAUCUUUAUCAAUAUUUACAUGGCUUCGAUAA